AUGGCCUCUCCAGCGCCCCAGGACGACCUUACCCCGGCCGUGUUCGACGCGGUGCAGCAGAUGAACACGGCUCAAAAGGCAGCAUUGCUGCUCAACACCUCACUCGCAAUGAUUGAGGCCGGACAAUAUGGGGAAAAAGUUGAGCGUUAUCUCGACGUGUUUCUUCGGACACCUUGCAUCUCGGAUGAGGAUAUCAGUCGAGCACAACUCGCCAGGGGUAAUGCACGACGAUUAGCUGCUGAGCGCUUGUUCGCGCAAGCGUACCAAGACUUCCAGGCCGUGGCUAGUCUCGAUCCGUCGAAUCGUGAGGCGCGGGCGCAGCUUCGCAAGGAUAAACUUAUCCACUUCAUGACUGAGCCAGCGUGUCAAAGAGCUCCACUUGAGAUAUGGGAUCGUGUCGCACGACUUAUCCCUCGAUAUCAUUUACGGACUUGGCUUUUCCUGUCUUCUUCUCAUCGUGAAAUAGCACAAAGGCAUAUAUUCCGGACCCUAGAUCUUUUCUUCGGAGAUGACCAGAUGGACAAUGUUAACAAAGGGCUGGAUCUAUUUCAAAGGGUGAAGAAAGACCCGGCGUUCGCAAGGAAAAUCAAGACUCUCAGGAUACAUUGGGCGUAUGAAGAGGGUGAUAUUCUGGACCUUAUGCUUAGGUUGUUCCGUGAAGCACUCCCUUUCUUUACAGCCUUGAAUGAAUUCGAAUGGAUCGGAUACCCCGAACUUCGCGACGCAGACGUACAGGCUGUAUUAGAAAGUCACCCAAACCUUGAGAGUCUAGGGCUAAUUGGAUGGCAUUUUGAUGCUGAAGGGGUAUCCGCCUUCCGCAACCUCCGCAAAUUCACGCUCCGAGCCGAGGAUGACGAUGGUUGGGCCGACAUGGGCGAAGUACGGAACGUUCUAGACAACAACGAAUCCAGCCUGCGACAUCUUUGCCUCGGCGCAUACCUCAAACGCGAACAUAGCUGGGAUCGUGCAUUCGAGUCUGUCUCGAUCCGGAACCUCACGCAUCUCGACCUCGUUGACACACGUAUUUCACAUAUCGUCCUCUCACGAAUCGCACACGCACAUAACUUGCAGAGUCUCACACUGCAUGGGACAUUUGAAGAACCAGCCUCUGCGAGCGUCGUAUUCGGAAGCGACCAUGUUAUUGCCGGAGAACACACGUUCUUGCCCCAUCUUGAAGCGUUCCGAUUUGUGCUUGUCGGACACGAUGAUGAUCGUGAUCUGUUCAAGAAUGUGACGCGAUUCUUGAGGCAGAGACCAAAGCUCAAACGCUUAGAUUUGGGAAGUUGCCCAUGGGAUCUCGUACAAGGCCUCCUUCCAGGCCUUGGGAAUCUACAGGUUUUAAGAGUCAGGAUCUCGAACUUGAAUGACGUGGCUAUCAUGAAGCUAGUCAGUUCAAUCCCAAAACAUAUUGUCGCUCUUCAUCUUUCAACCGUGGUUUCGGACAGACCAAUAGAGGGUUAUGUACAUGUCUUCUCGAGAUUCCCCUCACUAGGAAUGCUCCAUCUACACAAUUCACGGCGACGAAGACCACAAAUUUCAGUAAUGUCAGAAAAGGAAUUCCAAGUACAGACCGAUUUAUGGUUCGAUAGCGUACGUUGUAUCGCUGCUGAGGUGCCCUCGCUCGACUUUAUUGGUUGGCACGGCGAGCACUUCGUCAUCGUCCGCGGGAAGAGUGGUAUCGACCUUAAGGAACUUCCCGCACGCCGACGACUGGACUGUGGGACUGGCGUCGACCUCGGGAGUGACGAUGCGGCUUGGAUGGAGCGAAAAGACGUGCCAAUCGAUUACGAGAUGUCGGGCCUGGAACAUCCAGACAGAUAA